UCCAAGAAUCCUCUCAUCACCCGCACGCACAGUGCACGGUCCCUCCUCUUUCCGUUUUUUCUCUUCUCUCAAUUACCCCCCUCCCUCGAUCUUGGCCCGUGACGUAGGGGAUUCCGUGGUGCCCACAACCGUAGGCGCUAACGGGAUUCUCGAGUAUAAAUGGGACACCGGGAGCCAACAUUCGGUACUCUCUCAGUCGCUCCGACUCGGGAACCAAUCGUCCAGAGUACCAGUCAGCGGAGAUAGCAGGCAGUAUUUCACCCUCUCAGGCUAACUCGCUUUCGGCUUUGGUUUGAAAUGGACACCCCUACAACCGCUCGGAGCAGACAAUGUUCAUUCAUGCGCACCUGCAAAAGCGGACUCUCCCUAUGGCUGGUGGUGUGGCUGGUCCUCGGCAAGCCCGGUCCGUCGGCGGCGUGCCCGCAUCUAUGCGUGUGCUACCCGACUCCCAUGACCGUGAGCUGCCAGGCGCAGAACUUCACCUCCGUGCCCGUCGGCGUGCCCUACGACUCGCAGCGUGUGUUCCUACAGAACAACCGAAUUACGGAGCUCAGAGUCGGCUCUUUCGGCUUCGGGACUCAGGUCCUGUGGCUGUUCUCCAACAACAUCACGUGGAUUGAGGCUGGCUCCUUCAGUGAGCUGAGGGAUCUAGAGGAGCUGGACCUGGGGGACAACUCUCACCUGCGCAGGCUGGAAGGAGGCGCCUUCAGGGGCCUGGAGAAACUCCAGAGUCUCCACAUGCACCGCUGCAAGCUUACCGCCCUGCCCCACGACCUGUUCCACAAGCUGUACAGCCUGCAGUUCCUCUACCUGCAGGAGAACCAGCUCCACUUUCUCCAGGAUGACCUCUUCUCUGACCUCAUCAACCUGAGCCAGCUCUUCUUGCAUGGAAACCGUAUCCGUACUCUGUCGGAGAACGUGUUCCGUGGCCUGGUCAACCUGGACCGCCUUCUUCUCCACGACAAUCGUGUGCGCCAGGUUAACCGCCGGGCGUUCCGCGACCUCGGACGCCUGACCAUGCUCUUCCUGUUCAACAACUCAUUGGCUGAGCUCCCCGGCCAGGCUCUCCGUGACACCCAGGGCAUCGAGUUCCUCCGUCUCAAUGGGAACCCCUGGUCCUGUGGCUGCGAGGCCCUCCCCCUGUGGGAGUGGUUCCGUGGCGCCCGCGUCUCAUCGUCCGAGCUGUUGUGUUCCUCCCCGUCCCCCCGCCGCGGGAUGGACCUCCGCUUCCUCCGUGAGAUGGACUUCGCCCUCUGCCCUCUCCCCGACCCUGGCACCCUGGCCGGCUCCACCACGAGGACCUUCAGCACCAAGACAAGAUGGUGGUUCUCCAAGCACAAGCCCCAGUCCCAGACCAAGGCAGUGUUCGAGAAGAGCUCCGAGACCAUCAAGGCCUUCCCGUUCCCCCAAGGAAAGAACAACCCACCCAUCGUGUCCUCCACCAACGUCAAGUACGAGCUCGGUGAGGAAGAGGCAGCACUACCCAAACUCGAUGCUGAGGAGUACUGGGCGAACUAUGAGAACGAGGACGCCGGCACCACGCUGCGAUGCUUCGAGCUCGAGUGUCCGCCUGACUUCGAUGGCCUCCCUCCCAACUCCUCCUCCACCCCCACAUCAUCCCCCUCUCUCUCACUCCUCCUCGCCCUCUCGCUACUCGCCGUCUCCAUCAAUCUACACCUCAUAUUUGGCUGAAUCAGACUGAGUACCCACUUCCCGUUCCUGUCUUCGCCCCAGGCCCCUCUCAGGGCACGGGGAACCCCUUGUUAAAGACUCUGUACCUCCCUAGUUAACCCUCUGAUGUCCUACUGGAUAACCUCUGUCAGUAGUACAGGACAGCAGGGGAUACAAAGGGGGGGGGGUUAGAUUGUUACUUCUAACUUAAUGCAGGGUUAAACACCAAUGGCUGACAGUACAUAGUACAAUAUAGUACAGUACAGUAGUCAACCAAGGCUGUUACUACAACAGGUAGCAUCUCACCUGUCUGGUGUGUUGGUUGCCGUGACAACGCCUGCAAUCAGGGGUCAGUGGUCACCUGGAACGCUCUACAGCUAACACCAGUGCUACUUCCUGUUGCGAAUGCUAUAACUGUUGUCACUUGGAGGAAUAUUACAACUACAAGUGCUACGACUAUUAUAUGCAUGUUACGACUACUACUAUUCCGAAUACGUCUGCUACUACAAGUGCUAUGAUUACAGUUACGACAGUAUCUACAUUUCUAUUGUUGUACUAACUCUGACAACUGUACUGUAAAUAGGUGGGUGUACUUGAUGGUGCAGUGCAGUUGGGAUAUCCUUCUUAUAUGUUGUCUACCAUGAUGCCUACUUUAUAAUGGAUUGUUUACAGAAAAAUCGCUAAGGGGAGAGAGAAAAGAAGGGAUGAAGGAAUGAAAGAGAGGCAGUCACCAGAGUACGAGAAGGUGAGAGAGGAUAUGUAGAGAUAUGUAAAGGUAGAGAGAGAGAAAGACACACAGAGAGGAUAUGUAGAGAGAUAUGUAAAGGUAGAGAGAGAGAAAGGCAGAGAGAGUGAGGAGUUAAAAAGUUACCAAAGGAAGAAGCUAGAGGACAGAGAGGGUGGAAGAAGGGUGGAAGAGAAGAGAAGAAAGCGCAACAGGAAAGGACAGAGAGCGAGGGAGAAGGGUGGAAGAGAAGAGAAGAAAGCGCAAAAGGAAAGGACAGAGAGCGAGGGAGAGAGGGUGGAAGAGAAGAGAAGAAAGCGCAACAGGAAAGGACAGAGAGGGAGGGAGAAGGGUGGAAGAGAAGAGAAGAAAGCGCAACAGGAAAGGACAGAGAGGGAGGGAGAAAGGGUUGUCGAGAUUCUCAAUAAUAAAGAGAACGGAAGAGAGGGAGCAAGGACAGCACAGGCAAUAUAAAUAAAUAAAGGAAUGUGAGACACGGUGAAAUGAAGAAAGAACGAAAGAAAGAGAGAGAGAGAAAAUGACAGUACUGUCCUUUGACCAUGAGAUACUUAAUAGGAGAGACAAGCAAUCACUUCAGGUAUUCAAGUUCAGUCUUUGUAUAACUUCAUGUCCUGUAAAUAUGACAUCAUCACCAUAGAAGCCACAGGGGAAGGAUGCUUCCUGUCUGGCAGUGUCAGUCGCUGUUCUGAUUGGCUAUCGCUGUUUGUUUGUGAUGUCAUUGACGGAAUGCGUGACAUGACCCGUUUGAGAGAUAAAAAGACCUAUUGAGAUUCUGAAUAACAUUUGUGAGACUUUUCUUUGGGUGCAGCAGCUGUUGUGUUUCAAACUGAUUUUACUUGAUCAAUAAUUGAUCUCUUUAAGUAAUUUGUUCUCUCUCUUGGAAUGCUCACUCACUUCUUUGGAAGGUGAAAGUAGUGCACUACUUUUGACACUGCACUACAUAGGGAACAGGGCGCCAUUUCAGACGGAGCCCAUGACUGCUUGUUAGUCCUAUAGCCAAAAACUUGAUGAUGAGUAAACAAACAAAUGAAGUGUUUUCAACUCAGCCCCCCAGUUCCGACUACCAUACCCACCCCAAUAUCUCUAGUCUAAUACUCCCCCUCCCCACAUCAACUAAGCAGAAUCAACUUAGUUCAACUCAGAAGAAUCAACUUAGUUCGAUUCAGAAGAAUCAACCAGUAACUGAACUGCAUAGAACUCAAGAAGAGAUCUAGAACUGGAAGUGAAGGAGACAUAGAAUGGCACACGUGAUGACUGGACUGGACUGGACAGUCCAAACCAAUAAGACCGACUAGUGAUUGACCAGCCAUAUUAUUCCAAUAGGACUGUUCUGGACUACUGAGCUCAGAGAUCCUGGCACAGAAUGAAUGGGUGGAAAAGCCUGGCAGUUUCCCAGCAGGGAGAGACAAGGACAUUUACAUUGUGGCUUUACUGAGAUUGAUUGACAGAUGGACAGAACAACAGAGGGACCAAAUUGUCACUCACAGACUUUGCUGACUCACAGAGAGACGUAAUUCCUUGACAUGCUGACAGAGACAGACUGACUGACCUAUUCAUGCCUUGGCGACCAGUGAUCGACGGAAGACAGUUUAAAAGAGAGACUGGAAUCUGAUUGGCGGACAGCUGAAGCAACGUCAGAGAAAGGAGGAGGACCUCUGAGGAGGUGACCAAAAACAGACUUCCUCUCCUCUUCCUUUCUUCCUACUCGUUUUGUCUGAGUUUCUACAAGGCUUUGUAGGAGGGUGGGUAGGCGUGCUGACGAAUCAUCCCCUCUCUCUCUGUCUCUCUCUUUUCCUUUCUUUAUCCUACCGGUCACCUGUUUCUGUAAAGCACUCACCCCUGCGUGCUCCAUCCCUCUGAAGAGAGAGAGAAAUUAAAGGAGGGAGCAGAAGGAAGAAGGAGAGAGAGAGAAAGAGGGGAGGAAGGAGGGAGGAGAGAGACCGUUCCUUUUACAUAGAUGUUUUCAGUAGAGGUGAAGAGGGCAAGGACAGGCCCGAGAUAGGGUAUGAGUAGGAGGAGAACAGAGGCACACACGCACGCAUGCACGCACGCACACACACACACACACACACACACACACACACACACACACACACACACACACACACACACACACACACACACACACACACACACACACACACACACACACACACACACCUUACGUGGUGAGAAACAGACAGACAGAGAGAAAGAGAGAGAGAGAUACAGACAGACAGACAGACAGACAGACAGACAGACAGACACAGACAGAGUCUUGCAGCUCCAUGUAAUGUCCUCCCAAUCUAUUUCUGUUACAGUAGUUACAUAGAUUGUGCUUUCUGAAAUCACCUGGCUUUUAAAGAAAAGCAUUACCUAUGUUAUUCAGUUGGAGAUUUUGGGAUGAAUCCCAAAUGGCACCCUGUCCCCUAUGCAUGGGCCUCGUUCAAAUGUAGACCACUAAAUAGGGAGUAAGGUGCCCUUUGGGAAACAGCCUUUCAAUACAUGUGAGUCAACCAUAGAAACAGGAUUCUAUGGACUCAACAAUACGCUGUUCACUAAUAAUAGAGUCCAGGGAUUGGUUUGUGUUCUGUUCUGCUGUGGUAACACUGUGUCCAUCCAUAUAUGUCAGCCAUUAGGGUGAGGUCAAACUGGGCCUCGGUGCUCUUCUGUGGCCAUGACAGUCAGGUCACUUUCAGACGACCAAAGCCCCAGUCAUACCAUUUUACCCAAUGAUUGGACUGUAAAUUAAACCUGCCUGCUUGACCGAGUGAGAGAGUGUGAGAGAGAGUGUAUGUAUGUGUGAGAAAACAAUAUUUUGGUAUCUACUUGACUGUGUGAGGAGAUUGAGUUGUCUUCUGCUGUCAUCUUUCUCACUGUGGAAGGAAAGAGGCAACAUUAUAUAAAGAAAUAAAUACUGAACUUUGUUUUGA